AAGAGCAUGUGAGAGAGAAGGAGAGGAAGGCAAGGGUGCAGAGAGAAGCAGGAGGGAGAGAUAAGGUUGCCUUGGCUGAAGUUGGUGAAGAUAGUUUUAGAGUUUGGUUCUUGUUUGUUUCUCAUUGCACACUUGGUGGGGGUGAAGCCUCGAGGGCCAUCCAGAGGAACAGAAGAAGAUCAAGGAAAGAGUGUUUGGAAAAAGAAGGAGGGGGAAAAAAGAAAACGAAAAAGAAUAAAAAGUAGAAGAAGAAGCAGAAGAAGAAGGACUGGCUACUCCAGGAGGAAUCACUGAGUGGAUGUUGGUGUACUCAGUAGUGUCAGGUUUCACAAAAUGAAAGACCACUACAAGAGCGCUUCUGCAAGGCUCAACCAACCAAGCCAGGAUGCCAGCUGCUAGCAUUAUGACUGGUGGAAGAGCGCUGCUGCUCUGUACAAACACAGAGAACUGCAUCUACCAGUCAGUCAACGGGCUCCAGUGCUGUGGCUUGCAGCUUCAAGACGCUCAAUCUGUGGUGUCACAUAGGCCGGACCUGUCCAGGGUUGUGGACACACAGUCCCCCCUAACAUCCCUGGACAACGUUGAUCGUUUCCCUGGGAACAUGGAAAUGCUCACUCCCAAGAGGCCAAGCGACACUUAUCCUGUUGAAAAUGGCCUGGGGGGGUGCGACAAGCUCACGAAAACUCCUGCGGGACUCAAAAGCACUGCCAGCAUUAGGGACAAAAUAUCCCAGUGGGAGGGCAAAACUGAUAAUACUGGACCAAAUCCACAGCCUGUCAUUCAGAAGGAGACCGAAAGUGUGAGGAAGAAGGAUCUAAAAUCUACAGAGGUACAUAGAAAAGAGAGUAAAAGAGGGUUCGAAUGUGACAGACAGGACAUUGGCAAAGAGAAUGGAAAUAAGAUUGGAGAUAUGAGGAAAAGUUCCAAGGCGUAUUCAAGAGAUCGAGAUGUGAUACUGGACAAAAUGCCUGCGGGGAAAGCUGAAAUCGUCCAAGACAAGAAGUCUGUUUUGACGCACAUUAAGAAACUUGAGCAGGCCAUGAAGGAGACGCCUACAAAGCCAUCUUUGCCAGGCAACUACUUCUGCCCACCUUCCAAAGAUAAACAAGAGGAAAAGGCUGCAGAACCCAUCUUCGGGACUGUGGAAGCGGUGAGGCCCGGCAGCCGCCGUGGUCGAAACAAAGACCCUGAGAAUGUGUACACUGAGCCCGGGACGCCGUCCAUUAACCCUCUGCCCAAACCUCAACGUACUUUUCAGCACCACACUCAGACAAACAACCCAGGACCUCCCCAUAGUUCAGCAAAGGGGAGGCGGAAUCUGCCCCCUUUGCCCUCGAUACCCCCUCCACCACUUCCCUCCUGCCCUCCACCACCUGGCGUGUGUCAGAGGCCUUGGCAGAACUGCACUCGAGACAGUAAUAAGAGGAAGUCGUAUGAGUUCGAGGAUUUGUUGCAGUCGUCCACCGAGGGCUGUCGAGUGGACUGGUAUGCUCAGUCCAAGCUGGGACUCACACAUACGUUAUCCGAGGAGAAUGUCUAUGAAGACAUCUUAGAUCCUCCAUCGAAAGAAAACCCUUAUGAAGACAUAGAAUUGGAAAGCUACUGUCCUGAAAACAAAUACCCAAUGUCACCGUCUUCGCCCACUUUCGACACUCCAACUAAGCUCGCCUCGAAGCCUGGUUUCUUCAGGCAGAGUUCGGAACGGCGGAGUUUCAAACUGUUGGAUCUGCGCAAGACAAACAGAGAUGGGGGCAUUGCGUCACCCUCAAAAAUAAGCCCACCUUCAACUCCCAGCAGUCCUGAUGAUACGCCAUGCCUCUCUGGAGAUCCCUAUAACCGCAGACGGAGGAAAAUCUCUAAGAUGGUGCUGAAAAUAAAUGGCAUCUUUGAAGCCCGGAGAGGGAAAAAGAAAAUGAAGCGUGUUUCUCAGUCAACUGAAUCCAGCUCAGGGCGAGAUGAAAACAGCGAAUCAGAGAGUGACACUGAAGAAAAGCUGAAAGCUCACAGCCAAAGGUUGGUGUCAGUGCAGACUAUGUUAAAGCAGACGGGUCGGUAUCACACGCUGGACAGAGAUCCCAUGGACCUUCAGGAGAGGAAACUGUUUGAGUACUUCCUAGUAGUAGCACUGCAUAAAACCAAAGCAGGAGUCCCUUAUUUGCCUGAAGUCACCCAGCAGUUCCCACUAAAGCUGGAGAGGAGUUUCAAGUUCAUGCGAGAGACUGAAGACCAACUAAAAGUCAUUCCUCAGUUUUGUUUUCCUGAUGCAAAAGACUGGGCCCCUGUGGAAAAUUUCCCCAGUGAAACUUUCUCAUUUGUCUUGACUGGGGAAGAUGGGAGCAGAAGAUUUGGCUACUGUCGACGUUUAUUGUGGAAGGGAAGGCGUCUACCUGAAGUCUAUUGCAUAGUGAGUCGACUGGGAUGUUUUGACCUUUUCUCAAAGAUGUUGGAUGAGGUUGAGAAACGGAGAGCGAUCUCCCCAGCUCUGGUGCAGCCCUUCAUGAGAGGCAUCAUGGAGGCUCCAUUCCCCGCCCCGGGCAAAACCAUUACUGUGAAGAACUUCCUACCAGGCUCAGGCACCGAGGUAAUAGAGCUGUGUCGUCCCUCUGAUUCCCGGCUGGAACACGUGGAUUUCGAGUGUCUGUUCUCGUCUUUGAAUCUGCGUCUCCUCUUGAGAGUCUUCGCCUCACUGGUCCUGGAGCGGAGAGUGAUCUUCACAGCAGAUAAGCUCAGCACACUGUCUCAGUGUUGUCAUGCAGUAGUGGCCCUGCUCUAUCCCUUUACAUGGCAGCACACAUAUAUCCCUGUGUUGCCCCCUGCUAUGAUGGACAUUGUUUGCACUCCAACUCCUUUUAUUGUGGGCCUGCUGUCCAGCUCUCUUCCUCGACUCAAGGAGCUCCCUUUAGAAGAGGUCCUGGUGGUGGACCUUGGCAGUAGCCGUUUCCUACGACAGAUGGAUGAUGAAGAUUCUAUUCUGCCUCACAAACUGCAGACUGCUCUUGAGUAUGUUCUAGAGAAGAGGAGAGAAUUGGCCUUUGACAGAGGAGAUCUCCCCACGGAACACUGCUCUCUGAGCACUGUGGUGUCCGAGGCUUUUGUCCGCUUCUUUGUGGAAAUCGUCGGACACUACUCGCUGUUCAUGGGAGGCAGCGAACGCGAUGAAGAGUCCUCAGCCUCCUCCUCGUCCCCGACACCUUUAUCGUUCCACCGCGAGGCCUUCCGCAAGGCCGUGUCCUCGAAGAGCCUGCGUCGUUUCCUGGAGGUCUUCAUGGAGACACAGAUGUUCGCGGCCUUUAUUCAGGAGAGGGAGAUGCGCAGGCAGGGACUGAGAGGCUUGUUUGAGGUCAGGGCUCAAGAUUACCUGGACUCGCUGCCUGGAGCUGAGAAUCGAGGGGUCAACAAGUUCCUCAAAGGUCUAGGACACAAAAUGAAAUUCCUUUCCAAAAAGUGAAGCGAGUGAACGCGACGAAGCGCCACAGUGGCGAUUGUACAAACGCAUGAACCUGAAGCCUCAUGAAAGCACUGAGACUGAGACCGAAGGGAGAAACGGCAUGAGCUCAGCAAUAACACAAAACUUGCACAUGAAUUCUUGGCUACAAACUUUUAAUAAAUGCUCAUCUUCCUUUUUUCUUGCAUUAACAGUACCAAGGUCAUGUUUCACCAUAGACUGGUAUGUUUUUAAGCGUGUGUGUGUGUGUAGGAAGUCUAGAGGAGAAUGUAAUCACAGACCAAAGUUGAAUUUCCUGUACAGUCUUGUCCCCCCAAAAAAUUUGUGAUUUUUUGGUAUUGCUGAUAUAUAAAUAUAUAUAUAUAUAUAUAUAUAUAUAUAUAUAUAUAUAUAUAUAUAUUUUUUUUCUAUUUACAGAAAUAGAGUACAACUUCUGUAACAGGGGGCAAUAAUUUAAUUUAUAUUCUUUUUAGAGAAAAAAUACAUCGUACAGAAUACUUUUUUUGUCGCUUUUACAAUACAAAAAUAAACAGAAAAUGUUGCUAGGUGGUUACAGACUCUUUAUCGGCAGUAUAUUUUAGAUUUUGGAUUAAAAUAACACUGUGACUGGACAUUUAUAUUGGGAACCGAAAAAAGAAAGGAAUGAAUGGAAUGUGAAAGUAAUGGAUGCGGGUAACUUGUUCUGGGAUACAAACUUGCAUAUAAAUGCAAGGACAUGGACUGUAUCGACAAAUGAACUUCAUGUAGAUAUCUUCUGUCUUUUGCAGGUUAUGUUAAAAAAAAAAAACAAAUGAAAAAAAACAGCACUAAAUGAAACCUGAAACAAAAAAGCUGCUGGUCUCGUUGCUGUGAUUUGAGUUUCAAAGUAUAACCAGGUUGCAUUUUUACUUUCAUUCACCAGUAAUAAGGAUUCAGUCUUCCAUCUACACCACUAGGGGUCACUACAGAGAGGACUUUCAUUUUUUUCUAGUUAAAUUUUUUUUUUUAUGCUGAUGCUAGUAUUUUUGUUUGAUUCCCACAAAAAGAGAAAAAACUCACAGAACCUGCUUAAUAGCACUGCUCAAAUUACAAAAAAAAGCCAACAAACACAUAUCGCCUAUAUUUUCAUUUAAUGUAAAGAUCAGGAUUAUGCUAAAAAAAAAAAAAUCCACUUUUUUGUAUUUAUUUUUAUUUUUUUUGCUCCCUCACUUAAAUCCCUAGCUUCCCCUCUGAGAAGAUUUCAUCUUGAUUUCUUAUUAUGGCUGUACUCCAAGCAGAAGAAACCAAAGCAGAGACUCCAUGGCAUAAAUCCAUAAAAGAAAAGUAGUCACAAAUAAUGAGUGUAUUCAUUUUUUUUUUUUUUUUUACAUUGAGCAAGGUCAGAUUGGAAGCUGUUGCAAAUUUCAAAAUAAAGAUCUGGUUGUUUGGAGCAGUUGUUUAAACCCGUAUGAAAUAAAGCGAUUCUUAUCCAG